UUCAUCUUACAUUUAUUUUUUUUUUGACAAAACUUCAUCUUAUAUUUUAUUAAUCUCUUCUGUUUCCUUCAACCUUCUUCGCAUAUUUUCUAAAGAGAUAUCUGGUUUUGUUUUGUUUUGUUUGGUUCCUUUUUUCUUCAUAUUCUGCUGUUUGCCAAAGUUGAAAUCUUCAUAUGUUUGAUUAUGUGGUGACUAAAAUUGCUUUUAAAUUCAUCGUUUUGGUUAAAAAUGAGUUAAAUGUAAAACUAGUCAUGUUUGGAUAUAUUUAUGUAAAAAUGAGUUGACCAAUACACUUUAGGACGUAUUUACAUAAACAUGGUUUGGGCAAGUGGAGAGAAGACAUAUAGAUUAUGUAGUACGAAGACUAAAUCAGAUUUAGGGUAUUCGUAUCGUUGGUUGGAAGUAGAGGAAAGAUUAAAAAAAAGACCUAGAGAUCAAUGAGUUAGAGAUAUGAUACAUGAAAUAACAUUCUGACGUUGUUUGAUCCAUGUAGCCGAUCCUAUUUAAUGGAGUAAGACUUGGUGGUUGUUUCAAUUCAACCCAUAUGAGAGACGCACCACAUCUUUACCCGAAACCUUAAGGCAUUAGAUUUAUGAGGCAUGUCACUUAUAAAGUACUCAACCUUCACUUUUCCAAGCAAUGUCAGACUUCUAACUCACCUCACACUUGCCACAACACGGUGAAUUUUUUAUUUUAUUUUAUGUCAGUAGUAUUUAUUCUAGGAUAAAGGCUUUUAAUUUUAUAUUUUGGGGCUAAUAUUGUUAUUUGUGUUCCUUUCUUCUUGAAUGGGCUGUAGUUGAGGGAUGUUGGGUCACACCGAUCGACUAACAGAAGAAUUGAUAUCAUCAAAUGAUCAAAUACUGGCAGACCCUGUGUCUGAAUUUGGCAACGAUGAAGAGGAAACUUGUUCAGAACAGAUAGUUUACUCAACUUCCUUUGAAGAGCUUGCAAGCAGUAGUAUUAAAUAUGAUACAGUCAUAUGGCUUUCUAUAUCAUUACUUCUGGUUUUAGCUUGGGGAUUUGGUCUUUUAAUGUUGCUCUACCUCCCCUUUAGGAGAUAUGUGCUUCGAAAGGAUUUGUCGUCUCGCAGAUUAUAUGUUACACAUACUGAAGUAGUUUAUGAGGUGUCAAGGCCUUCAUAUAUACCUUUUUGGGGCACCAUAACAAUUGAGAGGCGUUUACCUCUUUCUUUGGUGAUUGAUAUUAUUAUUGAACAAGGUUGUUUACAGUCUAUAUAUGGUGUCCAUACUUUUCGGGUUGAAAGUAUUGCUCAUGGAAAGGCUGCUGCAAUAGAUCAACUACAAGCUCAAGGAAUUUCUGACCCUGAUCUUUUGAGAAAGGUGAUCAUAACUGAAGCUUCAAAGAUCUCAAGAGAUUUAGGGAAAAGUUGGAAUCCUAUGGCUCCAAGCAUAGACGUGGAAAACAUGGCUCGUAUGCCAGCAAUAACUGAGGGACCAGUUGUCUUGAGAUCACCAUCAAGAAGUCACAAGAUGAUAGGCUCACCACAUUCUUCUUCAGUGGAGCGCAGAAUAGGCGGAGGAUUGAUUCUUAAUAAACUCGAAGAAGUCAAUAAAUCGGUAAAGAGACUUGAGCUUCUUAUUGCGAAGUCCCAUCCUUCUCUCGACGCCAGCUAAAGUACCAUAGGCCAGCCCUGCAAGAAUUGAGUUGGAGUUUUCUAAUCAGUAAUACCUUGUUUAUAUCUAUGGAAAUAUGAAGCAAUAUUUGUAAUUAUUUUUGUGUUUAUUAGUCUCCCAAUUUUGAUUGAUUGUAUAGAAUACUAGAUGUUUGGAAUCUCAAGUUGUGAUUGCAUAGCAUAAUAUUUGUCCUAGUUCCAUUUUCUUAUUCUCUGUUGUAUGUGGUUCAUUUGAUAUACUUAAGUACUUAACAACCGAGUUAA